AGAACAACUAGUAUAGCAUUAACUUUCUCAUGUUUGAAAAGUCAAAGGGUGCCUCAUUUUCUCUCUAUAAAAUGCUUCUUUUUAUUUAGACAAUAAAAUCUCAUUGGCUCAGAAGUACUUCCCUGUGUUAUUUCCAAGAAAUCUGUUAAAUAUGAAUGCCUCCACUUCUCCUUUAGCUCAGACACGAAGAAGAUUAGAAGGCAAAGUAGCAAUUAUAACUGGAGGAGCUAGUGGAUUUGGAGAAAGUACAGUAAGACUUUUCUUACAAAAUGGUGCAAAAGUUGUUAUAGCAGAUGUUCAAGAUGAAAUAGGCCAAUCCCUUUGCAACAAUCUCCUUAGUUGUCCUGACGACGACAACGACAACGACAACAACGACAUUGAUGUUACAUACAUACAUUGUGAUGUAACAAAGGCCUCAGACGUUGAGAGCCUCAUCGACACGACAGUUUCCAAGUAUGGCAAACUCGACAUCAUGUUCAAUAAUGCAGGAAUCCCAGGGAAUCUCGAUUUCAACAUAAUCGAUACGGAUAAUGAGAAUUUCAAAAGAGUAUUUGACGUUAACGUGUACGGAUCAUUUCUCGGAGCAAAAUAUGCAGCUCGGGUUAUGAUCCCAGCAAAGAAAGGUGUCAUUCUUUUUACAUCUAGCUCCGCCUCCGUUUCCUCGGGCGAAUCACCACAUUCAUACACUGUCUCGAAACAUGCAGUUGUUGGACUUAUGAAAAAUUUAUGUGCUGAGUUAGGUCAACAUGGUAUCAGAGUCAACUGUGUUUCGCCAUGCGCGGUGGCGACUCCAUUGUUAGUGAAGGCAAUGGGGGUUGAUAAGAGUGUGGUGAACGGGAUAAUUUGCUCGUCGGCGAAUUUAAAAGGGGUGGUGCCCACUGCAGAGGAUGUGGCAGAGGCUGCGUUGUAUUUGGCUAGUGAUGAAGCUAAGUUUGUUAGUGGUGUUAAUCUUGUGAUUGAUGGAGGUUAUAACGGUACUAAUACGACUUAUAUUAACACGAUUCGAAGUGUAUUAUCUUGGGUAUAGCUUUUUUUCGAUCACAUACAUUUUGGGGUUUGAUUAAUUCGAAGUUGCAUCGAGUAAGUGGCAUUGGUUUGAUUAAUUCGAAGUUGCAUCGAGUAAGUUGCAUUGAAAGAGAACCUUUUUAUCAACUUUUUUUCUAUUCGCAAGAAAUUACUAUAUGUUUAUUUUUCCUUUGAAUGAUGACAUUGGUAUGUAAUAUAAUAUUUGAAGAAAUAUAAUUUUAUUUUAAUU